AUGAUACAGACUACACUACUUCGUACGGCAAUUAUUAUAGGCCGAGUGAUGACUGAUGAUGUGAGGGAGCGAAAACAAGAUGAGCAGGCCGGAUUCGGGACUGGCGCAAACGGGGACGGGGAUGGUGGAUCCGCGGUGGUCCCUGGAGAAGAUGAAGCUUGGAAAGGGCUGGCCUGCUUGGUUGUGUUGCGCAGGUGUUCGCUCACAUGUAUUCGCGGUUAUCGGAGUGCUGUCGAAGGGACAGGUCUCCGAGCUCGAGCUCUCAACGACCCGCGCUGGCAGGGGUGGGAGGGGCCGGGGAGCAGUCCAAGCCGGCCUGCGCGUCUGCGAGGCAAAUGCACUUUCAGGUUUGUGGCCUCUUGCGAUGCGACACUCAAGUGUGAUGGCUGCAUGCACGCUGCAGAGGGCGACGUGUCGUUAGCCGCCCGCAUAUGCUGGGACGAGAUCCCAGUGGCCAGCGACGCGCCAGAGCCGGGCCAGCAACCUGUUAUUACCUGUCCGUAUACAUAG